AUGGAACUUGGCAGAUACCUAAACAAAGUUGACUGGAGUAUUCUAGACUUGCAUGACACAUGUGAAAGGAAAGUAUUUACUGAUGUCAUAUCUACAGGAUUGAACCUUCUCAAGCCAGAAAAAAUGAUCAAAUUUUACCAUAACGACCCGCCGUGGAUUACUGACGAUUUCAAGUGUAUGGUCAAAAAACGGCAACAAGCUUUCUCAACUGGCAAUAUUACAGCCUUGAAAUUCUAUCGUAAUAAAGUGAACAAAAUGAGGUAUCGAUGUCGCAUCAACUACUACGCUUGUAAGGUUAACCAUCUUAAACAAACUAAACCCAAAGAAUGGUGGAAAAAAGUCAAGGGCAUAUGUGGAGCUACUUCACCCUUCGGUAUCGACAGCUUGGUUUCACAUUUGCAAAUUGACAAUCUUGAUCAAAUGUCUCCAUCUGAUAUUGCAAAUACAAAUAAAGAUAGCUUCUUGGAUUCAAUGAAGGCUAGGAGUUUUGUCCCCUUAAUGAUCUUAACCUACAGAAGUGAAUAG